AAAAUUUAAGACAAAUGACUUAACAUACAAUAACCUAUAAUUAAAAUAAGAACAAAUCAGGCUAUUUUCUUCUUCUUUUCUUUCUUAGUCAUUCUUGAUAGUGAUACGGAAAAGGCUUAAAUCCUUAUGUAGCUAUAUUACCGUCUUAUUUUCCAUAUCACUAUCAAAGAAUGACUAAGAAAGAAAAGAAGAAGAAAAUCUGUUUUGUUCUUAUUUUAAUUAUAGGUUAUUGUAUGUUAAGUCAUUUGUGUUAAAUUUAAUGUCAGAAGAAGUAUCUUAACGACAACUUAUUUCGUACCGCGGUAAUUGAAAUUGUUGAUUUAUUAAUCUUAUCUAUGGCUACUACUACUGCUCUGAUAAGCGCUAGCAGCGAGAAACUUCCUCUUGUUAUUGAUGAGUUUUACACUAAUAUUAAAAAAGAUACUAUGAGUAAUAAAUGAUGUGCGAAAUGUACAGUAUGUUCAAUAGUGAUAAAAGAUACGACAAAGACAACGUCAAAUUUUGUUAAACAUCUGCAGACAAAACAUCUUAAACAACAUGAUGAAUGGAAACAAUUAAAAACAAAGGAGAAUCCUGUUUCUCAACAAAGAUCAAUCACCGACAUAUUUGGAGAGCCGAAAAGAAGAAAAACAUAUCCUUCAUCUCAUUCUAGUCAAAAAGAACUAUCAGUGGGAAUCGUGAAACAUUUAAUUGUUGAAAUGGGAUUGCCAUUAUCAUUAGUAGAACGGAAUUCAUUUAAAAUGUUUAUGAAACUGGUUGAUAAUAAGUAUAAAUGUAUUAGUCGACGACAUAUAACACGAUCAAUGUUACCAAGAAUGAAUCAAAAAAUUAUUAAAAAAUUGAAAAGAAUAUGUACUGAUGCAAAAAGUGUUAGUUUGACUCUGGAUGUAUGGCCUGAUAGACGAUUACGAAGUUAUUUCGGUAUCACCAUGCAUACAAUUAUUAAUAAUGAAUUAAAAUGUUAUUUAUUGUCAUUUGAACGUUUAAAAGGAAGACAUACUGCAAUCAAUAUAUUAAAUGAAUUUAAUAAAGUGAUAAAAUUCUACGAACUGGAAUCUAAACUUGUAAGAAUUGUCACAGACAAUGCCAAUGGUGAUGUUCAUAAUAGUGAUGAUGAGGAAGAUAAUCAACAAUCGAUCACAGUAUUAAAUGAUGGCCAAGUGAAUGAUGAUGACGAAGGAGAAGAAGAUAAUUCUGAGAGUGAAAUGGCAGGUGGAGAUGAAGAUGAUGAACUAACAAAAGAUAAAUCUGAAAAAAUUACAAAAGUAGCGGCAAUCGCCAAGUUUAGUCACAAGAGUUCAAUAUUUGCUGAUCGUUUGGAAAAUAUUAAAUUGUCUAUACCCACAGCAAAUGAAACAAGAUGGAAUUCCCAAUUUUACACAUUGAAAGCUGUUUACAAUAUCCCUCAUAGUGAAUUAAAUAUGAUUUUGAAUGAUUUAAAAAAACCUGAAUUAAUUCUCUCAUCAACCGAUAAAACAGUAUUAACGGGAUUUAUACAACUAUUAGAAUUAUUUGAAGAAGCAACAAUGGAUGCACAAAGUGAAAAUCAUGCUACUAUUAGUUGUGUAGCGCCUUGUAUCCUUUCAGUUGUUCACUCAUUGAAUAGCAAAAAGUGUGAUCACUUGGAAAAUAUGAGAGUAAGCCUAUUAUUAUCUAUGAAAGCAAGAUUCAGUGGUCUACUCAGACAAUUUGCGAUUGAUGUACCAAAUGAUCGAUAUGUGAUGGCUGAACGUUUUGCUGAUCCAAUAUUUCUUCUAACACCAACCCUAGAUGUUCGAUUCAAAUUACACUGGCUGAAUGAUAUUGGUUAUAUCGAAUGA